GGCGUGCAAGUUUAUACAUGUUCAUUUCUGGAAAAAUUUCGCGACUGAUCGGAUGAAAAUGUCUCGUCACGUACUCUCGACACAUGAAAUAGCCGAUGCCCUGGAGGAUUUCGAUGACGAUGAAGAUCUUCAGGGCCUUGAUAUUUAUAUCGAUCCGCCUUGUGAUGGUACCAUGUCGGAUGGCGAUUCAGGUGAAGAAGAUUGUGAUAGCAUAAAUCGAUUGAACCGUCAUCAAUUACUUGCUCCGGCGGAGAUGGUGUUACGACAACGUGAAGAACAUGAUGAAGAAAACAGAACUAUCGAUGAGGUAUUAGUCAGUCCUAGUACUAGUUCUCAAUACCUAGAAACCCUUACACCGGCAGCAGGACCCAGCUCAAACAGGUCACGACGUUCUCGUCAUGUUGAAACCCGGGCUGAUGGAACUUCUUCAGAACGUAGUUAGCAACGGCAGCGCAUCGUCAGGCCCCGCAAAUGGGUAAAGCGAGACCUUCGUUACCAACAAUGUGAGUGGUCACCUCCACUGCCACGAGCUGUUCUCACACUUACCAAAGAAAGUGAACCAAUAGAAUUCUUUGAAUUAUUUUUUAGUGAAGAUGUUAUAAGGUAUAUAGUCAGACACACCGUAAUGUACGCUGUUGAAAAGCACAAUUAUAAUUUUUGUUUAUCAGGGGAUGAGUUGAGCUGUUUCAUAGGUAUAUUGCUCCUUAGCGGUUACGCGCCUUUACCGAGACGACGUAUGUAUUGGGAAACCAACGAGGAUACCCACAAUGUUUUAGUUGUGAAAUCGAUGCGGCGAAAUCGAUUUGAAGAAAUAUUUAGGUAUUUUCACGUUGCAGACAAUGGUAACCUACGUGCAGGUGAUAAAAUGGCCAAAAUUCGGCCAUUGUUCAACAUCAUGAACAAAAAGUUUCUAAUGUAAGCUCCCAUCGAAAAAAACUUGAGUAUCGAUGAAUCAAUGAUACCAUACUACGGGCGUCAUGGCUGUAAGCAGCACAUUCACGGCAAACCAAUCCGUUUCGGCUUCAAAGCAUGGGUAGCUGCGACUCGCUUAGGAUACUGCUUACAAGCUGAUUUAUACGAAGGAAGAUCUGAAGCGCGAGAAA